GAAGGUGGCUGGGCGAGAGAAGAGCGGCAUGCAGGGAGUCACCCGCUUAUUUUGGAUGGCCUGAGGGCAGCUUAUAUCUCGAGGAAGGCACGCACCUAUAUACGUCUGUGCCUAUCGUCGCGCGUGCCAUUCCUGGAGCUCAGUCAACAAGUCCCUUGAAGGGUGGGUGGCGGGGUGGUUGGGAAACUAAGGCGAAUAAGCACCAGCCCUGCCGCACCAAUUGCACAACCUUUCACGCCUGAGCUCAGGGACUUAUAUUAGCGAGCCCCGAGGAGAGAGAGCUUCCCCCGUACUGGUCUCUCUUUCCCGCUGCUGCUCCUCGCCUGCCUGCCUCUUGGUGGGGAUCCUUCUACCAGCGAAGGCUUGUGGGUAACGAGGAGGAAGCCAUCGCUGUAGUAGUAAUCAUGCCGCCGCCGCCGCUAAAAUAAUUAAGCUUGUAAUUGCAAUUAAAGGAGGGGGGGCGGGAGGAGAAGGAGGCAGAAGCUUCAAUCACUCGUUCGGCCGACGAAGCGGCAACUAGCAGAGGUCAGCGCGGGGCAGCCCACUCCCUUGAGAGAAACGCCUCCAGAGAGAGAAAGACCCAGCGAGGCGGGCCCAGCCGCCUCCCUCCCAUCCUUCUAGCCACAGAGGAAGAGGAGGAGGGAGGAAGUCGGGCGCCGCCGCCGCCGCUUUCCCUCCCUCCCUCCCUUGUCUUCUCCCCGACGGGUAGUGAGUGACCUGGUGCAAAAUGGCCGAGGCAGCGUGGGGGGCUCGGUCAUAACUUGCCUUCCUUUCCCGCCUCGUCGCUGCAGAAGAAGAGACCAAGGAGAGAAACAGGAAGGCCGCGGCGGGGCUUCCCGAGGCGGCUUCCCUUUCCCUUCUCCUUCCAGGCGCCCACCUUCCCCCUUUCUGGGUUGUUCAUGCCUGGGAAGCGGGCGGGUGGAGCAGCGGCAGCAGUGCCCGCCCCAAUCGGGAGGCGAGGAGGAGGAGGUCGUCCGCUUGCACCUCUUUGGCUGCUCCUCCGGAGAGAGGCCUGGCCGGGUGAGGCUGGGACUGAGCCCCGUUUUUCUCCGCCCGGCGGAUUGUUUGCUUCCUUCACCCCAAACUCGGCAGGCCCCGAAGUGGAGAGCAAUCGGCGGGGCUGGAGACGGCAGAGAGUCUCCGCCCGCUGCUGCCGCUGCCGCCUCCUCCGUUUCCAAUCAAGCGACGGUCUCCGGGUCUGCUUUGGCGCCCGAGAACCCAGAGGGACAAAAAAGCGGUGAGAGAUCCGCCGCGAACGUGAAAAUGAACCACCAGCAGCCGAGACAGGUAACGAAAAUGUCUGCCUCCCCGCCGCCGGUAUCCGGGGAAGGGCAUUUGGCGAGCCGGCAAAGGAAGUUGGAGUCCAUGAUCCGGGACCCCAGAUCUCCGGUCAAUGUGGAAAGUUUGUUGGAUGGUUUAAAGUCCUUAGUCCUUGAUCUGGAUUAUCCAGCACUGAGGAAGAACAAAAACAUAGAUAAUUUCCUUAACAGAUAUGAAAAAAUUGUACAAAAAAUGCGUGAUCUUCAAAUGAAAGUAGAAGAUUAUGAUGUUGUUAAAGUGAUUGGAAGAGGUGCAUUUGGUGUGGUACAGCUGGUUCGCCAUAAAAUAACACAGAAAGCAUAUGCCAUGAAGCUGCUAAGUAAAUUUGAGAUGUUAAAAAGGUCAGAUUCAGCUUUCUUCUGGGAAGAGAGAGAUAUAAUGGCCUUUGCCAAUAGUCCAUGGGUAGUUCAGCUUUUUAGUGCCUUUCAAGAUGACCGAUACCUAUACAUGGUAAUGGAAUACAUGCCAGGUGGUGAUCUUGUCAACCUCAUGAGCAAUUAUGAUGUGCCUGAGAAGUGGGCCAAAUUUUACACAGCUGAAGUGGUCCUUGCUCUCGAUGCAAUUCAUUCCAUGGGCUUGAUACACAGAGAUGUGAAACCUGAUAAUAUGCUUUUGGAUAAAUACGGACAUCUGAAGCUGGCAGAUUUUGGUACUUGUAUGAAAAUGGAUGACACUGGCAUGGUGCGUUGUGAUACAGCUGUUGGUACACCAGAUUAUAUAUCACCUGAAGUAUUAAAAUCACAAGGUGGUGAUGGAUACUAUGGACGGGAAUGUGACUGGUGGUCUGUCGGAGUUUUUCUGUUUGAAAUGCUUGUUGGAGAUACUCCGUUUUAUGCUGAUUCAUUGGUGGGAACAUACAGUAAAAUAAUGGAUCACAAGAACUCAUUGCAUUUCCCAGAAGAUGUAGAAAUUUCAAAGCAGGCAAAGGACCUUAUCUGUGCUUUUUUAACAGACAGGGAUGUGCGGCUAGGGAGGAGUGGAGUUGAAGAAAUUAAAUCUCAUCUAUUCUUUAAGAAUGAUCAAUGGGAUUGGAAUAGCAUUCGAGACACUGCUGCACCAGUUGUACCCGAACUGAGUAGUGAUAUAGAUAGCAGCAAUUUUGAUGAUAUUGAAGAUGACAAAGGAGAUGUUGAAACCUUUCCAGUCCCAAAAGCAUUUGUUGGAAACCAACUGCCUUUCAUUGGAUUUACUUACUUUAGAGAGAACCUGUUGCUAAGUGACUUUCCUGAGCUCGGUAAGAAAGUUGAACCCUGUAAGAACAAUGGGACAAAUGAACUUAAGAAAAAUGAGGAUGGUGAAGAGCUUAUACAAUUCCAGGAAAAAAUAAACAAAUUAGAAGAUCAACUCCGUAAUGAAAUACAAACCAAAGAUGACUUCGAGCAAAAAUACAGAGCUAUUAACAAUCGUCUAGAGAAAAUAAUGAAGGAGUUGGAUGAGGAGACAUCUUCAAGGAAACAUUUAGAAUCUUCUUUCAGACAGCUGGAAAGGGAAAAGGCUCUUCUUCAGCAUAAGAAUGCAGAAUACCAGCGGAAGGCAGAACACGAAGCAGAUAGAAAACGCAAUCUAGAAAACGAUGUGAACAGUUUAAAGGAUCAACUUGAGGAUAUGAAAAAGAGGAAUCAAAACUCCCAAAUAUCAAAUGAAAAAAUUACUCAGCUACAAAGACAGCUGGAUGAAGCCAAUGCCUUGCUGCGCACGGAGUCUGAUACAUCAGCCAGGUUGAGAAAGAACCAAACAGAAAGUACAAAGCAAAUUCAGCAGCUAGAAGCUAACAACAGAGAUCUGCAGGAUAAAAACUGUGCCUUAGAGAAUACAAAGCUUCGACUGGAGAAGGAAUUUCUGAAUCUGCAGUCAGCACUAGAAUCUGAAAGAAGAGAUAGGAAUAAUGGAUCAGAAAUUAUCCAUGAUCUACAAGGUCGAGUGCUUAAUUUGGAAGAAGAAGUAAAAAAUGGGAAGAAUACAAUAGCUAAAAUAGAGGCAGAGAAAAGACAAUUACAGGACAAAUUGACAGAUCUGGAAAAGGAGAAGAGCAACAUGGAAAUAGAUAUGACUUACAAGCUUAAAGUCAUGCAACAAAACUUGGAGCAAGAAGAGGUUGAACAUAAAGGAACAAAAGCCCGACUAGCAGACAAAAAUAAAAUAUAUAAAUCGAUUGAGGAAGCUAAGUCUGAAGCUAUGAAAGAAAUGGAAAAGAAACUUUCAGAAGAAAGAAUUACAAAGCAAAAAGUAGAAAAUUGUUUACUGGAGGUUGAAAAGCGGUGUUCUAUCUUGGACUGCGAUCUGAAGCAAUCCCAGCAGAAAAUAAACGAGUUGCUUAAGCAGAAAGAUAAACUAAGUGAAGAUGUGGAUAAUCUGACAUUGAAAAUUGAACAAGAAACGCAAAAGCGCUGCCUCAUCCAAAAUGAUUUCAAAAUGCAAAGCCAGCAGUUCAAUGCACUGAAGGUGUCAGAGAAGCAGAUAAAACAAGAGAAUAACCAUCUUAUUGAAAUUAAACUAAGCCUAGAAAAGCAAAAUAAUGAGCUACGCAAAGAGCGUCAAGAUGCAGAUGGGCAGAUGAAGGAAAUUCAAGACCAACUUGAAGCAGAACAAUAUUUUUCGACGCUGUAUAAAACACAAGUUCGGGAACUUAAAGAAGAAUGUGAAGAAAAGGCCAAACUUUGUAAAGAAAUACAGCAAAAGAUACAAGAGUUGCAAGAAGAGAGGGAUUCCUUGGCAGCACAACUGGAGAUCACAUUAACAAAGGCAGACUCCGAACAGUUGGCUCGCUCUAUUGCUGAGGAACAGUAUUCUGACCUGGAAAAAGAGAAGAUCAUGAAAGAACUGGAGAUCAAAGAAAUGAUGGCAAGGCACAAACAGGAGCUUGCUGAAAAAGAUGCCACAAUAGGAUCAUUGGAAGAAGCAAAUAGAACUUUGACUAGUGAUGUGGCAAACCUUGCAAAUGAAAAGGAAGAGCUGAAUAACAAACUGAAGGAAAUUCAAGAAAGGCUUGCCCAUCUGAAUGAAGAAGAAAAUGAUCUUGGAUUGCUAAGGACUCAGUUUGAGAAACAGCUGGCUUAUGAGAGAACAAUGAAAACACAGGCUGUGAAUAAGUUAGCAGAAGUUAUGAAUCGAAAAAAUCCCAUCCAACGAGGAGCUGACACAGAUGUCCGAAGAAAAGAAAAGGAGAACAGGAAACUGCAUAUGGAGUUGAAAACCGAACGGGAAAAAUUAACUCAGAUGAUGAUUAAAUAUCAGAAAGAAAUCAAUGAAAUGCAAGCUCAAAUAGCAGAAGAGAGCCAGAUACGAAUCGAACUACAAAUGGCUCUGGACAGCAAAGAUAGCGACAUAGAACAGCUUCGGUGUCAGCUCCAAACAAUACAUAUUGGCCUAGACAACAGCAGCAUAUGUGGCCCUGGUGAAGUAGAAACGGAUGAUAGUUUCCCUGAGUCACGACUUGAAGGAUGGCUAUCAUUGCCUGCUAGAAACAACACAAAGAAAUUUGGUUGGGUAAAAAAGUAUAUUAUAGUCAGCAGCAAGAAGAUACUAUUCUAUCAUAAUGAACAAGAAAAGGAACAAUCCAAUCCAUACAUGGUACUGGACAUAGACAAACUGUUCCAUGUUCGACCUGUCACACAAACGGAUGUGUACAGAGCAGAUUCUAAAGAUAUUCCCAGGAUUUUCCAGAUCCUGUACGAUAAUGAAGGAGAAAGUAAAAAAGAACAAGAGUUUCCUGCAGAAUCAUCAGGGGAAAAAUCAAAUUAUAUUUGCCACAAGGGACAUGAGUUUAUACCUACCCUUUAUCAUUUUCCAACCAACUGUGAAGCUUGCAUGAAGCCUUUGUGGAACAUGUUCAAACCUCCUCCUGCUCUUGAAUGUCGCCGUUGCCAUAUCAAAUGCCAUAAAGAUCACAUGGAUAAAAAAGAAGAAAUAAUAGCACCUUGCAAAGUGAAUUAUGAUAUUUCAACUGCAAAGAAUCUAUUAGUGUUAGCUAAUUCUACAGAGGAACAGCAAAAAUGGGUGAACCGCCUAGGAAAAAAAAUUCCCAAAAAGCCUCCAGCACCAGAUCCUUUUGCACGAUCUUCACCCAGAACUUCCAUGAAGGUCCAGACGAGCCAGUCUCUCAGGCGGCCAAGCAAACAGCUUCCACCAAAUAAAAAAGAAAGCUUUCCCCCAAGAUUGAUUGGUGUGGCAUGUAGAGACUGGGAUUGGUCAUUUGAUGAUAUUGAUUUUGAUGUUGAUUUUAAUAUUGAUGAUGCUGAGGACGAUCUUGAUGAUAGCGAUGAUGAUAACAAUGUGUUUAUUCUAAAGAGCUAACUGCCUUCUGGGAAUGCAGUUUUCAAGGUGAUCUUCAUCCCUCUGAAAUAAGACUGAAACUUCGUACCUUGAGUUAUGAUUGCCGUUGACACCAGGCAGCCCAAGAGCCAUGGGAAGCAGAAGGAGGCCCAGGAAAGGAAGUGGGGGAUACGCCGCAGGGGGGAGGCCCGGCGCAGGAGUCAGGUGGGUAGGGGGCAGGUGUGGAGUGCAUGUGAUUAGAGGAAGGCUGUGAAAAGAGGCGCAGGCUGCAUGCAAUCACAGGGAACCCAAGGAAAGUUGCACCCUGCACCCAUUUUCUAAGGCCUCCCUGAGCUUGUACAUGUGCACACACAUACACAGGCUCCCUGUGCCCUGUUUCCAUGGCCUCCUUCCCUGUGAUUGCAUAUACCUUGCACCCUCAUUCCCUGGCCUUCUGAACUUGCACCACACAGAGCACCCCAUCCCCAACUCACAUGUGGCCUACUCUGGGUUACUCAAGGCUCCCCCCCCCCCAAGCACCCCUGCACUCCUUACCUGGGACUCCCUCUGCUUCCCACUUAAUGACCUGCAAGACUGCAUUUUGGGCUAUCUACUACUAGGGACAACCAGGACUUAGUGAUUAUGGUCAUCAAGCAAUCAUGUGGCAUCGUGCUUUAUCACACCUCACAACCCACCCCCCCCCAACUGCAGUCGUAACUCAAUGACUACUUGCAUUACAAAGAUUCUCCUGUAUCACCAAAUAUGAAGAAAUCCCUUUUACCACUGGUACUGCACUGCACCGCACCUCCCCGUGCCUCCAGCAGUGCCUGGUAUCCCCUUCCUUCUGGAGAUCAAAGCAAGGAAGAGACUUCCAUCAAUUGGAAUGCCCUCAGCCAGUGCCCUCUGCACAAGCCGUGGGCCUUGACCUUCUCUGAUCAUCGUGCCCUGCAAGCUUCUGCCCUCAAGGCCUGGAAUGGUAAGAAAAGAAGAUCUCAAGAACGCCCAGGAGGAAGACAUCAAGUGUGCUUUGCACAGUGGCCUUGCCUGCCAAGGUCAGUAUAUUCCAUCUGGCCAAACAGGAGCAGCUGCCAGGUCUUUUGUUUCCAAAUAACGCUUAAUAAAAAUCAGAGCUUUGGUUUUAUUAUCUGCUCUCUUUUGUUGCUAUAUUGUGCCUGAGCUACUGUGAUGUUUGCUGUCUGUUCUUCACAUGUCUCUCCACACCCCCCCCCUCCUUUCCUCUCCACGCCUUCACCUAUCCCUUUCUCAUACGAGAAAGCUAUAAAUCUGGCUUCCGUGAAAAACCUAGAAGUCGUGGCUUACUCUUUUCUCCAAUGUGUCUCCAUCACCAUCUUUGUGUGUAAAAACCAGCUUCUUCGGGUGAACGACACUCCUAGUCUGCAGCCAAAACAACAAAAUGUCUCCAGAGCAAGAACGUCUCACUCACAGACCUCUUGAAAUAAAAAUAUAUUUAAACAUUUGGGGGUGGGUGGGUGGAGGAGAGAGAUUCUCUUGAAGCUCUUUCCACAAAGACUCAACAGGGAUCAAAAUGAUGAGGAGUCGUGAAGAAUCCAUCCUUGUUCAGCUUCUGGAGAGAAACGCUACCAGCAACUUUGCCAAAAAAAAAGAAAAAAAAAAGCAAUGAGUGGCAGGGUUAUAUCAGAUCGAUGAAGACUGCAUCUUAAAAAGUGACCAUUAUACUGUGUGUUGUAUGUAUUUUGGUGUUUAAAUAAACACAUUGUAUUGUAAUGCUGCAAAAGUGUUUUUAAAAUUUUUUCCCAUUUUAUUUUUAUACAUUUAUUCAUAUUCCAUUAGUACAGUUUGCAACUAUGCACUUGUAUAAAGCCAUAAAGUUGACAUUUAUAUCAUUCAUACUUGUUUAUUCAGCAUGUCUGCACUCAGCAGUUAAAUAUAAUGAAAAGUCCCAGGUAUGUACUUAUUACCUAACAAGCAGUCCCAAGUCUUGUUUUAUCAGUUGUGAAUGCCUUAAAUUAAUUUUGUCCCCUUAAAGUUUAUGCUCAUUCCUGAUAUUUAAGAGAUAAAAGAAUGCAGAGGUUUACCAGCUCUUAAAUGCAAUUUUGCUUUGUUGCAGAAUAAUAGUGCACUAUGUUUACAUGUAAUAGUUUAUAUCAAUGUCAGUCUAUAUGAAUGUGUACCUAAUAGGUUUGAGAGGGAGGGGAGGGGGGAAUCAGCUAAACAUUGCUUCCAGAAACAAUGAACUGGUAGUAUUAGAACUAAUAUAUAACUUUCAUGCAUAGGUAUUUUGAAAUCAGUUCUUUGUUCAAUUCUCAGUAUUAGUCACAGACUUUGUAUUCUCCUUAUUAAGUGCUAUGAUUUUCACUUUUUUUUUUCAUACUAUCUUAGCUGUGUGUUUUAUUUCUGGAAAAAUAUAACUAUUUUUACAUUUUCAUCGCACAAUGUUUAAGGAAUUUUACAAUAACUGAAAAAUACUGUAGAUGUAUUUUAAACCUUUCAGUCCUAUUCUCUAAGCACAUAGCUUUAGCAACAGGAAAAUAAUCUCAGUUUUGUGUUUGAGAACUUGUGGAAGGAAAAUGCGCCACGGAGGCACUUAAUCUAUUUUUUUUUAUGUUGUACAGAAUAUAAUUUGUAAACUCAUUCAUGCCAUGUCCAUAAUUUAUCCCACAAAUGCAUGUUUUAUAUAGAACUACAGGAUGCUAUGUUAAACACAAUGAGAGUAAAAAAAGAAAGAAAGAAAAAUAUUGGAAACUCUACUUUGGGAUUUUUUUAAAAAAAUGUAUGCAUAUAUAUGCACAGGUGUUGUAUGAUAACAAUGGAAUGUAGAAUCUAUUAUUUGAAGAAAGGGACUGAUACAUUUCACUAGAUUUUGUUUUUGUUUCAGUAACAGAAAUUGAGUAUUUAAAAUGAGAGGACCAGGAAUUAUUUGGUAUCUAUCCUCAUAAAAAUUGGAAUUGGUGUAGAAUUCACCAAGCAGGACUCCUACAUAUGUCCCAUUUGUUUGUGCAGUUGUAUGCGGUUACGUCUGAGCUCAUCACACGCUUAGAUUGGCUCAUUCAAGCCUCACUUGUUAGGAGUUCACUUCAGUAGAUCACGCACAAGAAAUAUCAAUUCACUUGGACCUAUAACAUGGGUGUUUCCACUGAAAAUCAUGUACCUAUAAAAGGAUCUAAUAAUGCAUAUCCUAGCUUGCACAUUUAAAUAUACUUCUAUUUUGGUUAAUUUUUACAAUUUCAUGACACGGUGAAAGAAUAUUGUCUUGUGUGCUUGCUCUGAACAGUGAGUGUACAACAAAAUAUAUUAGGAAAUGCAUAUUUUGCAUACAAAACUUACUGUUUAAAAAAUGUAAACAAUAAACCUUGUUUCAAUUCACUAAUGGCAUACAUAUUUUAUAUUAUAAAUUGUUAUUUGUGGGAUGAUCUGAAUUGGAAGAAAUAUAUUUUUUUUAAAUAAACUAUUUGAGUAAGAUA